AUGGCGUCUUUGAGUAAGAUACCUACGCUGUGUUCCAAUUUCAUUCUGCCUCUUAGGCCUUUAGUUUGUUCUACUCUGUCAAAUGUACGCCAUUACACUCUGCCUUCACGGAACCGUCACCCAGUCGCCUUGUAUAAUGAUCUUAAAGACAAGGUAGCGUUGGUUACGGGAAUCGGACAGGCUCAGCAAACAGUUGAUCCCAGCCAAUGGGGGAACGGCGCAGCAGCAGCCAAACUGCUAGCCAAUAAUGGGGUCAAGGUUUUUGGCUGCGACCUCCAUCUUAAAGACGCAGAAAGGACCAAGCAAAGAAUCCUGGAAGACAAUCAAGAUGCCAUAGUGGAAGUUUGGGAGGCGGAUGUCACUAAGUCCCACGAUGUGAGCGCAGUGGUACAAAGGGUCCUGGACAAGUUCAGCCGCAUUGACAUUCUCGUCAACAAUGUUGGGAUGUCCCGUCCGGGAGGCCCAGCAGACAUGUCUGUAGAUGCAUUCCGAAGCCAAUUGGAGGUGAACUUGACCUCGACGUUUUUAUGCUGCCACGAAGUUCUACCGAUUAUGGAAAAACAACGAGCAGGGGCUAUCACGGUGACGAGUUCAAUCGCUGGUCUAGGAUACAUCGGGAAGAUGCACAUUGGAUAUUCGACGACGAAGGCGGCACUUUUGAAUUUUGCAAAAUGUACUGCUGUGCAGUAUGCGCCCAAAGGCAUCCGAAUAAAUGCUGUCAUCCCGGGGCUCAUUCGAACCCCAUUAGUGGAAAGAUUGGCAAAAGAGUAUCAGGCGGGGAACUAUGAGAAGCUGGUAAAAAGGCGAGAUGAAGGAGUACCUCUAGGUCGACAAGGAACUGCCAUGGAAGUUGCAAAUGCCACUCUAUUCCUGGUGUCUGAUGCUGCCAGCUAUAUCACAGGCACCAGCCUUACUGUGGAUGGGGGCGUGACUGCUGUGGUCAGCAAUAAGGGCUAG